UCAACUGAUUGUCGCUACCGCUUCACUUAUUCAGUUGCGGGGAGCGAGGUUGGCGUUUAAGGAGUACGUCAAAUAAAAUAUAAAAAAAAAACAAACUCUCGUAAACAUUUCAAAAUGUCUCACACAAUCCUAUUGGUCCAGCCUACCAAGAGGCCUGAGGGAAGAACCUAUGCUGAUUAUGAGUCUGUGAAUGAGUGCAUGGAAGGAGUGUGUAAAAUGUAUGAAGAGCACCUCAAGAGGAUGAACCCCAACAGUCCAUCAAUCACAUAUGAUAUCAGUCAACUUUUUGACUUCAUUGAUGACUUGGCAGACCUCAGCUGUCUGGUGUAUCGUGCAGACACACAGACAUACCAGCCCUACAACAAGGACUGGAUCAAGGAGAAGAUCUAUGUUCUGCUUCGGCGCCAGGCCCAGCAGGCUGGAAAAUAAACCGUUACUGUCAGCCAGUGGGACAAAAGAGCUGAAUGAUUGGGAAACGUUUUAUGGUGGAUGCGUAAUAUGACACAUUUUUAUAGUUGUCAUUGGUUGAUUUGAUGAAAGGAUUGAUUUUUUUUUUUUUUAGAAGUAGAAAAAAGAACAGGUAUGGUUUGAUUUCAUGUUAAUUUUUUUUAUAUUUAGUAUUUUUUGCCCCUGAAUGGACAUUUGUCUAACCUUG